CGAGGCGGGUGCGCCGGCCUCUGGUGCUUUGCGAUCUGGACAUAACAGGAAAAGAACUGGUUAACCACUGUUGCAGUGUUCUGGAGUGAACGUGGGGAGGUGUGCUGAAAGAUGACUGGGUUUUCCAAUGGAACAACUGGCCAUGGCUGAACAAAGCCCAAUUGGCACAAAGCGAAGACAUGAGGAGGAUAGCGAACAUAUCGAGGCCAAGCGGAUCAGAGACCGUGGGGAGGAGGCCCAACCUCUGAACUCAGCCCAAGGCCAGGAAGCAGGCGAAUGUGUUGAAAUUAAGAAGGUUAAAACUGAUAACCAGGAUGGAUUAGCCAAUGCUGUUGCUGACCACUACAACCAACUGGAGAACACAGGACUCAGGGAAAGAAGUAAAAGCCCGAUAUUCUACCUAAGGAAUUUCAACAACUGGGUGAAGAGCAUGUUGAUUGGCGAGUUCGUCCGUCGGCUGGCUGACGAGAUGGUGGACGAUCACCGGCCGGCCGUGCUCGACAUCGGCUGCGGCAAGGGCGGCGACAUGCUCAAGUGGAAGAAGGCGGACAUCCGGCACUUGGUGUGUGUGGACAUCGCCGAGACGUCGGUGGAGCAGUGCCGCGGCCGCUUCCGGGACAUGAAGGAGCGCAACCAGCGCGAUCGCCACCCUCAGCCUCUGUUCAGCGCUGAGUUCAUCGCCGCCGACUGCACUCGGGUGCGGAUCCAGGAGCAGUUUCGCAACCCGGAGAUGCGGCUGGACCUGGUGAGCGUGCAGUUCGCGCUGCACUACGGCUUCGAGAGCCCGGCACAGGCCGAGCGGCUCCUGCAGAACAUCUCGGACCGGCUGCGGCCCGGCGGCUACUUCAUUGCCACCGUGCCGGACGCCCACGCCAUCAUGGCGCGACUGGAGCGGGCGGGCGGCCAGCAGUUCGGUAAUGAGCUGUUCCAGGUGCGCCUGCGCCGGCCGCACGAGCAGCCGCCGCCCCUGUUCGGCGCCCAGUACGACUUCUUCCUGGAGGGCGUGGUCGACUGCCCCGAGUUCCUCGUGUUUCUGCCGCUGCUCGAGAAAUUGUGCAAGAAGUACGGCUUGGACCUGGUGUACAAGAAACGCUUUGACGAAAUGUUUAACACAUACAAGGGCCUACCGGAAGGCAAGAUGCUGCUCAGCAAGAUGCAGGCGCUCGAGGCGUACCCGGCGCAGCACGGAGCCGAGCUGCUCGCCAGCGAGUCCGAGUACGAGCACGCGCGGCCGGCGGCGCGCCACGAGCGCUGCGUCGGCACCAUGUCCCGCUGCGAGUGGCAGGCCUGCUCGCUCUACCUGGCGCUCGGCUUCAGAAAGGCCAAGCCGGCCCGGUAGCGGCCGGCCGGAGAUGAGUGCGGUUCCGUUCCAGUCGGCUUCCCAAGUGCGCCCACGCCCCCAAUGUUGUUACCUUCUCAUGUGACAGUGAAUGACAAUACACGGUGGUGAAUGUUCGGA